GAAAGAAGAAAAACCCCAUUGGAAUUAAAAUUGAAAAUCUGCUUCAAUUUUUCUGUAGUCUUCUGUACGACUGUACCUGGCAAUCUUUCCAUCGUGUGUGUUUAUGUUGUUGAAAAGUUGACAGUUGAAGCCACCCCUUUUGUGUCAGCAUUUCUAGUCUUUUUUUGAUUCUUUAAGCCGGACCCAAAGUGCUGAAAAUCAUCUCACCGGAUUUCUAGUUUUCCGGCGACCCACGGCUGAAAUUCCCGGCGAAUCCAGAUGGAGAAAGAGCCUUUCCUCUCCUAUUCUGCACCCAGAAUACCACAAUCUUCACUGCCAGCCCCCAUUUCCCUUUGCCCUUUGCCAGAAGACAAUGAAAUCACAGUCCCACCUAUGAGCCCUUUAGAGUUCAAAGACAGGCUCAUCUUUGGCUCUCCUUCUCCUUCUUCUACUUCCUCUUCCAAAAACCCUUUUAAAGACCUAAAGUCCAGUCUUGAUUCUUUGGAUUUCACUUCCCAGACUUUUGCUUCUUCUUCUUCUGUUUGCCCAGACCAAAAAUCCAAUCUUGAUCUGAAUUCUUGGGUGUUGGACCCAAAUCAUCAAUCACAAAUCUCUUGCUCACCUUCAGACCCCAAAUCCAAUAUUGACCAGAGUUCUUGGUUUUUGGACUCAAAUUACCCAACAUGGAGCAAGAGCAAUCUUCACAGGUCCAGGACUGCCCCUGCCAUGGCCACAAUCAAUGAUAUUGAGAACCAAUCUUCAACUUCCAAGCCCCCUAGGGCACUGUCAAUUGUGAGUCAAGCUGUUGUGCUUUUGGGUCUUUAUUUGAUUCUUGGUGUGGCUAUAUAUUCAUUCUUUAAGGAACACUUUAGGGGCACUGAAACCCACCCUGUGGUUGAUGCUUUAUACUUCUGUAUUGUCACAAUGUGUACUAUUGGUUAUGGGGAUAUAACCCCUGCUAGUCCUGCUACAAAAUUGUUCUCCAUCAUGUUUGUGCUUGUGGGUUUUGGGUUCAUUGACAUUUUGUUAAGUGGGAUGGUUAGUUAUGUGCUCGAUUUGCAAGAGAGUUAUCUGUUGAAGACUAUUAAGAGUCGGGGUGCACAUGAUCCCGGUUCAUAUAUAAUCGAUGUGAAGAAAGGGAGGAUGAGGAUUCGGAUGAAGGUGACACUGGCAUUGGGUGUUGUGGUUCUGUGUAUUGGGGUAGGGGUUCUGUUUAUGCAUUAUGUCGAGAGGCUUGGGUGGUUGGAUUCGUUGUACUUGUCGGUUAUGUCUGUUACUACUGUUGGGUAUGGAGACAGGGCGUUCGAAUCUUUGUCUGGUCGGGUUUUCGCUUCGUUUUGGUUGCUCGUGUCCACACUCGCGGUUGCACGGGCUUUUCUUUACUUGGCCGAGGCAAGAGUGGAUAAAAGGCAUAGGAUGAUGGCUAAAUGGGUGCUCGAUCAGGAUAUGACCGUUUCGCAGUUUCUUGCUGCCGACAUUGAUAACAAUGGUUUCGUGACUAAAUCUGAAUACAUAAUAUACAAACUGAAGGAGAUGGGGAAGAUCUCGGAGAAAGAUAUACUUUUGAUCUGCAAACAAUUUCAACGGUUAGACACGGGCAACUGUGGAAGGAUCACCCUCGCUGAUCUGAUGGAAGGCCACCACUGAACCCCAUUAUUUAGCGGGCAAAAAGUCGGCGAAACUGGCGAUGACAGCUCAGAAUUUGCAGUGGGGUCCGCUAUAUUGCGACGUCGAGAUAUCAGCUGGAGUGUCCAGCUUUGUGGGAGAGGGAAGAGUGGUUGUUUGAGCUGUUGUGGUGGAGGAUGAUGAAGGUUAAGAUGGGAAUGAGAUAUUGGGAGGUUUAGAAUCAUAUGAAAUGAAGUAUAUAUAUAAUUGCAUAUAUAGCAGGUGGAUAUUUUUGUCUGCCAUAAGUUUUGUUCUCAAAAUUGUUGUCAGAUGAGGGUGUGAAUAUUAAUCCUAUGAACAGUUGUAUUUUUAGUUGUAUGAAUUACUGUCUAUACAAACAACAUUAAACAUUAUUGUUGAAUUUAGACAAUGUGUUCUUGAUU